AUGUUUCCCGCUAUCUUCCUAUUGGUAUUAUUUUUUGGUGAAAGUUUGGCCGUUAUUUAUAGUGUUAAUGAAACCGAAUAUCGCAAGAUGCCUCCUCUCUUUGAAAUGGACGACUACAACGAGUGCAUGCUGCACCCAGGGGGCACGUACUGUGUUUCAUCCUUUGACCUCUACAGUAAAGGUCAUUCCAGUCUAAUGCGUUUUAUACAGGAAUACUCUGCACACGAAACGAAACAUUUUAAUCACACACGAUUAUAUAGAGGCGUUUGCAUUACAAGUUCCUGUAAGCAUUAUCUUAAUGCAUCAAAUAAGACAUUGGACCCAGAAACGAUCCUUGAGGCAUGCAUCAACGAAACUAUAUGGAGGAAUUACAAAAUAGAAUCUAAGCUCUCUAAAAUGGAUUAUUGUAAAAGAUAUGAUGACAAAAUUGUUGUGGACAUUAGUGACUACCUUGUAGCUACAGUUUAUGUGCUAUUAGUUCUGCUCAACAUUAUCGGAAGCUUCUACGAUGUCAUUUUAUGCGAGAACGACCAAAAGACAGGUAAUCAAUACCUUUUAGCGUUUUCAUUACGAAGGAAUUGGGCGAAGCUGAUAGCUCCGGCCGGCAGCGGAUCAGACCCGAGGAUCGCAAGACUGAAACUAUUUAAUGGAAUGAGAGCAAUGACAAUGAUAUGUGUGAUAUUUUCUCACACGGCGCUCGUGAUGUCCUUCACGUUUAUCAGAAACCCGAUUUAUCUGGAAAAAGCGUACGAUGACCCCUUAAAGCAAUUACUAUUCAAUGGAAGCCUUGUCACUCAUACUUUCUUCGUUAUGUCAAGUUUUCUACUGGCCUAUAAUUUGCAAAUAGUUUCCGAGACGAAAGAGAUCAAUUGGACUAAAAUUCCGAUGGCGAUCCUGUUACGCUGGAUCAGAUUGACUCCAGCUUACGCCCUUAUAAUAGCAACAAUAAGCACGUGGAUGCGGCAUAUUGGUGAUGGACCACUUUGGCCAAUGGUUGUCACAAGCGAGGCCAACAUUUGCCGCCAGUAUUGGUGGGCCAAUGUAUUUUACUUCAACAACUAUAUUUACAGUGAUGAUACGUGUUUUCCUCAAGGAUGGUACUUAGCAGCUGAUACACAACUAUUCUGUUUUGGAGUGCUGUUUCUUGUCCUUGUUCAACGUCCGUGUUAUAGGAAAGUUGGACUUGUCAUGCUAUUCCUAUUGUCGUUGGUCAUUACCGCAGCACACACAUACUUUCAAGAUUUGGAAGCUGUAGUAAUACAGUCACCUGAGUCUUAUCGCAGUAUCUACGUCACCGAUGAUACCUUCGACCUCGUCUACAUCAGAGGUCACACGAACAUAUCGACUUACAUCAUGGGCCUCGCGGGAGGUCUUGUAACUUACCACUGGCAGAAGAACGAAGUAGAUUUUUCUAAAUACAAGAAAUAUCGUUGGGCCUUUUGGUUCCAAUUUCCCCUCGCCGUGGCCAUUAUACUCUCCGGCGGUUUCUUCUACAUUGACGGCUAUACGCCGUCCACAUUCGUCAGAGUGACGUACGCCAUGUUGUACAAGCCUGCCUUCCAGACGCUUGUCGUACUCUUUAUCAUCGGAACCAUUUUUAAAAUUGAAACGCUGUACCGCGGCAUAGUGGAGUGGCGCGGCUUCACGUGGGCGGGGCGCGUGUCGUACAGCGCCUUCCUGCUGCACACGGCGUUCCAGCGCUCCUACAUCGGCGGCCUCACGGAGCCGCUCUACAUGUCCGAUUACUACGUCCUGAUGGUGCUCUGUGCAUCAAUAUUUCUCUCGUUUCUGUGUGGAGCGGGACUGUGGUUGUGUGUGGAGGCGCCGCUGGCGGCUCUAACGCGCGCUCUUCUGGGCAAUAAAAAAUAACUUAUUUUUACCAGUAUCCAAGCAGACAAAGGUUCCUUCCUUCUUUCGAGAAACCGAAGUUAAAGAACGUAGAACGAACCUAAAUUAGCAGCGUGUCAAAACCAAAAAUACCAAAUAAAAUCGUAAAUAAAUUGUGUGAUAUUCUGUUAAUUGUAGUUAGUUGUAAACUAUUAGAUCUAAGCGGUGUUGUCUUUGUCAUGUACGGUGCGUCAAAGUAAACUGACUCUGUGGUAA